AUGGGACCUACUAAAGCACCUGGAGUUGAUGGGAUGACGGCACUGUUCUAUCAAUCGUAUUGGUCAAUUGUUGGCAAGGAUGUGGUGGCAGCUGUUAAAAGUUUCUUCCAUUCUUCCCACCUCCUUCGUUUAGUGAACCAGAUGCUAAUUACAUUGAUCCCGAAGGUGGGUUGCCCUACCACGCCAGGUCAGUUCUGCCCAAUUAGCCUCUGCAAUGUAUCGUACAAACUUAUCACUAAAAUUCUGGCUAAUAGAUUAAGAGAUAUUCUUCCUUCUAUUAUCUUGGAAAAUCAGAGUGCUUUUGUUGGUGGUUGGCAAAUCUCGAACAAUAUUCUUAUUGCGCAUGAGAUUAUGCACUCCGUAAAGAAUAGGCGGUAUGGGAGGAAAGGGUGGGUUGCUCUAAAGCUAGAUAUGGCCAAGGCUUUUGAUCGUCUAGAGUGGUCUUAUUUGGAAGCAGUUCUACGCAAGUUUGGGUUCAAUGAAAAAUGGAUCAGGUGGGUUAUGUCUUGCAUCACCACAGUUUACUUUGCAACUUUAAUUAAUGGGGAGAAGGGUGAGAGCUAUUCACGCCCUCUCGGGGGUGUGACAACUUAUGGCCAAAUGGUGAAUAGAGAUAAGUCCUCUUUGUUUUUUAGUCCUAAUACUCCAGCGAACGUGAAGCAAGGGAUCUUGGAGGCUCUUAAUAUUCGCUUUGAGAAUCAUGGUGGGAAGUAUUUGGGUUUACCAUCUAUUAUUGGCAGAUCAAAAAUUGGUGUCUUCAAAUAUGUUAAAGAUUGGGUUAUUGACAAACUUAAGAGUUGGAAGGACACGGUUUUGAACUUGGCUGGGAAAGAGACCAUGCUUAAAUCUGUUGCUAUUACGAUGCCCAAUUUUAUCAUGCAAAGCUUUCUAUUGCCAAAGCGAGGAGGGCUUGGCUUCUGUGAUUUUCAUGAUUUCAAUUUAGCUUUUCUUGCUAAACAAGGAUGGUGUUUGGUUAAUGGCCCCGUGUUGCGAAAAGGGUGGAGAUGGUGCGUUGGUGAUGGUAAAGCUAUUAAUAUUUGGCAUGAUCCUUGGCUUCCCCGUUCACUUAACUUUCGUGUGCUUAGUCCCGCCCCACCAAUGGAUUCUCUCUAUCACAGUGUCACUCGGGUCUCUGAUCUUAUUGAUAAGUGUAAAUCAUCCAAGAAAGUGUGGGAAAAUUCCCCCUUUGCUAAUGUUGUCUCACCCUCUUGCGAUUCUCUCUCAUUUACUAAAUGGUGGAUUGGUAUGGUCCAAUCGGUUUGUAAUUCUAGUGGAGUGGAAGAUCUCUAUGCUAUUUUAGCCACUUUGUGCUGGAUGUUAUGGAAGGGGAGGAACACUGCGUACUUUGAUAAAAAGUUCUGGACUUGCUCUACUACAGUUGAAAAAGUGAUCACCCUAUGCGAGGAGUUCAAGGCAGCUACAGAAAUGGUCCAUUCCCUCCCUAGACUCUCCACUCCACCCCACCCCUCGUCAUGGCUUCCCCUUCCACCUAAUGUUAUUAAACUUAAUGUUGAUGGUGCAGUUAACAAGAAGAAUGGCAUUUCUGGUGUGAGUAUUGUAGCAAGGAAGCAUUUUGGUGAAAUUUUGGGGUCUAUUUCGAUUCCUUUUGCUGGUUUCUUAUCACCACGUUCUACUGAGGCUUUGGGAUUUCGUGAAGCCCUUGUCACUGCGGCUAUUAAAGGUUUUUCUGAAAUUAUUGUUGAAAGUGACUCGUUGCAGCACAUGGCUUUUGUGAAGACCACAGCUGAUCACAGCUCUUCUACAGCUCAAGAAGAAGCCACGUCAGCUGCUGUUAGUUUGUUAGUUCAAGUGGGUUAA